GCUUUUAUAUUAAUUUUUAGAUCUCAAUUAUAAUCAUUUCUGCAUUAAACAGUUGAAUAAGCUAGUUGCAAUUAUUCAAAUCACUGUGUCCAUGGAUUGAGGAAUUUACAUUUUUCAUACCUGCGUUGCUGCGUAGAUGUUAUUUCAAAUUGAAUAAAAUCAUCAAAGGAUUAAAAGGCAGGAAUCAUGGCACCGAAGGAAACCAAACAAACUACAUCCAACAGCAUGAUUGGAUUUGGACUUACCUUAAAUUUAUGUUGCUCAAUAUGCAUUGUUUUUCUAAAUAAAUGGGUUUACACCAUGGUGCAUUUCCCAAAUAUGACAUUAACAUGCAUACAUUUUGCAGCAACAUUUCUUGGCCUGGUUGUAUGUCAUUCAUUUAAUGUAUUCAAUCCGAAGCACCUCCCUCUUCUUCAAUUAUUACCUUUAUCUUUAACAUUCUGUGGAUUUGUUGUCUUCACUAAUCUUUCACUUCAAGCAAACACAGUGGGAACUUACCAGCUUUUCAAAGUCUUAACAACUCCAGUAAUUAUUGCAAUACAGUCAUAUGCCUAUCGCAAAAAAUUCAGCUUCAGAAUUAAAUUAACUUUGAUACCUAUCAUGUUCGGUGUAUUUUUGAAUUCAUACUAUGAUAUCAAGUUCAAUAUUAAAGGCACUGUUUUUGCCAUUCUCGGUGUUUUUGUGACCUCUGCCUAUCAAAUUUUGGUUGGUGCAAAGCAAAAAGAACUUCAAGCAAAUUCAAUGCAAUUGUUAUAUUAUCAAGCACCAAUUUCUUCAAUCAUGUUACUCGUUAUAAUUCCAUUUUUUGAACCUGUUUUUUCACCAGGCGGUAUAUUUGGUGAAAAGUGGACAUUAGGUGCUAUGGGACUUAUUGCUGCCACUGCUGGUUUUGCAUUUCUUGUAAAUCUUACUAUUUAUUGGAUAAUUGGAAAUACAUCACCUGUCACAUACAAUAUGUUUGGUCACUUCAAGUUUUGUAUCACACUUCUUGGUGGAUAUUUUAUAUUUCUUGAUCCUGUACAAUUCAAUCAAUUCAUUGGUAUUCUCAUCACAUUGGCAGGUAUUUUCCUGUAUACUCAUUUCAAACUGGAAGACAAUGCGGCUUUAGAAAAGCGAAAACCCUUGACCCAACCAUGUUGAAUCAAUCUGUAUUUUGUUCGUAUUUAUGCUAUGUCUAUUUUAGGAAAUGUUGAAUCAAUGAAUUUUCAUAUCUUUUGCAGGAAGUGGUUACAAACCCUUUUGAUACAUUCCUACCUUUGCCUUUUUCCAUAUUUGUUCCAUAGCAAUAACAAAAUAUUCACAUUUCCACAUAUGAAUCCCUUGUAUCCACAACAUUGUGUCUUCUCUCAGUUUGUAGGAAAGCUUUUACUACAAGUUGUUUCUAUUUGGGUGGGAAGUAUUAUUAAAAUCUGUAACACA